CGCUGAUAUAACCUUUGAAUACGGAGAAAGAAUCAGAAAGCAUAGAGAGAGAGAGAGAGAGAGAGAGAGAGGCAGCAGUGGAUUAAGGAGCUAACCGUUAAUGGCAGCGCCAACAGCAAUGAGCCAAGGAGGGUACCAUCAACCCGCCACACUAGAAGAAGUUAGAACCCUUUGGAUUGGUGAUUUACAGUAUUGGGUAGAUGAAAACUACCUCAGUUCUUGCUUCGCUCACACCGGCGAGGUAGUUACAAUUAAAAUAAUUCGCAACAAGAUCACUGGCCAGCCUGAAGGUUAUGGAUUUGUGGAGUUUGUUUCCCAUGCAGCAGCUGAAAGGAUUUUACAGACAUACAAUGGGACACAAAUGCCUGGAACUGAACAAACUUUUAGGCUGAAUUGGGCUUCUUUUGGCAUUGGGGAAAGACGUCCUGAUGCUGGGCCUGAGCAUUCUAUUUUUGUUGGGGACUUGGCACCUGAUGUUACAGAUUAUCUCUUGCAAGAGACAUUUCGGGCUCAUUAUCCAUCAGUUAGAGGUGCCAAGGUUGUGACUGACCCAAACACUGGACGUUCUAAGGGAUAUGGCUUUGUUAAAUUUGGUGAUGAGAAUGAAAGAAACCGUGCUAUGAGUGAAAUGAAUGGUAUGUAUUGCUCAACUAGACCAAUGCGUAUUAGUGCAGCAACACCAAAGAAGACCACUAGUUACCAACUGCAAUAUGCUGCAACCAAAGCCGUGUAUCCAGUUCCAGCAUACACUACUCCAGUCCAGGUGGUUCCAGUUGAUAAUGACAUCACCAAUACCACUAUCUUUGUUGGUAACUUGGAUCCCAAUGUCACAGAAGAGGAGCUGAGGCAGACUUUUUUGCAGUUUGGGGAGAUUGUCUAUGUCAAGAUUCCUGUGGGUCGAGGAUGUGGUUUUGUACAAUUCGGAACUAGGAAAUCUGCUGAAGAAGCCAUACAAAGGAUGCAGGGGCAUGUGAUUGGUCAACAGCCUGUGCGAAUUCAUUGGGGCAGGAAACAGGACACACCUGGUGGUUGGGGUCAGCAAGUAGAUCAAUGGAGUGCCUAUUAUGUUUAUGGACAAAGUUAUGACCCAUAUGCUUAUGGGGCUGCACAAGAUCCAUCAUUAUAUGCAUAUGGUGCAUAUGCUGGUUACCCACAGUAUCCUCAACCUGUUGAUGGUGUCCAGGAUAUGACUGGUGCUGUUCCGGUUGUAGAACAAAGGGAGGAACUUUAUGAUCCCUUGGCUGCUCCUGAUGUUGACAAGUUAAAUGCUGCUUAUGUUUCUAUUCAUGGAAACGCCAUAUUAGGCCGGCCCUUUUGGAUGAAAACAUCAUCACUUUCCCAACAAGCUUAGGCAUCUAUACAUGUUAUGAAACUUGUUAAUAUUUUCUGAAGAGUAUCCUUAAAUAUGGGAAAUGAAGUGCCUGGAAGGAAAACAAUCAGAAUAGCUCAAGAUCUGUCAUUUUUAGCUCACUCACUGCACAGGACAGAGAAGUGCAAUCUGGAGAGGGAGAACAUUCAAUUUGCUCUAUUGCUUUUUUAGUUAAUAAUUUCAUUUCCGAUUUGAGUUUUGUUGGCUCCUUUUUCUUUUGUAAAUGAAAAGUAGAGCCUCAACACAUUUUCCUUAAUGUAAUUAACUAAUUCUUGUUUAACUAAUUCUUGUUUAAGACUGGUGUAUUAAUGGCGUUUUUCUUUUUCUAAUA